UUCGUUUACUUCCAAAGACAUCAGGACAGAGAGUAUAUAUGCUUUCUUUGACAAUUCCAAGGUUGGAUUUUUUCCAUAUAUUAAACAUCCUAAGGAUUUCGAUGAAACAUUAACGGGAAUUUUUGCAACUCUCGUAAUCCUCCAGAUCAGCAACUUCAGGUUGUUGGCCAAUUUGCCACAAAAAUAGUGAAUUUCUAGUGUGGAGCGCUGGAAAUAUUUGUACUCACAUUUGGGCUAAGCAGAUGUUAGUAAACUCAUUGCAGAUUCUUCUUUUCUGGUUGUGAAACUACUACUAAAGGAUUGUGACUUAAGAUGGCGACGCCUAUGAAGCGAAGCCCAAUCUCGAGAAGACGGAAUGAAACAAUGAGGCUUUUCGUGACUACUUUUAUUGGAGUUGUAUUUGGGUUUUUCCUUGGUGUAACCUUUCCUACAAUUUCAUUGACCAAGCUGCCCUUACCUACUAAUCUUUUCCAAUCAAUUGAUCUAACUAUAGAGGACAAGUACUCAGGCCUGUCAACUCAAGCUCUAUUAAAUGUCUUGAAUUCCUUGAAAGGACGCGGUGGCAGUUCACACAAGAAUAAUGACCCAAAGCAGAUUUGGGUUCCGUCAAAUCCCAGAGGUGCCGAGAGGUUACCACCCGGUAUCGUAGCAUCUGAGUCUGAUCUUUAUACUCGGAGGUUAUGGGGCCUGCCCAGUGAGGACUUGAUCAUCAAACCAAGGUACCUUGUGACUUUCACAGUCGGCCUCAAGCAGAAGAGUAACAUUGAUGCAGCAGUGAAAAAGUUUUCAGAGAACUUUACGAUUAUGCUGUUUCACUAUGAUGGUCAAACAAGUGAAUGGGAUGACCUUGAGUGGUCAAAGCGGGCUAUCCAUGUCAGUACACCGAAACAAACUAAAUGGUGGUAUGCAAAACGUUUUCUGCAUCCUGACAUUGUAGCACCUUAUGACUAUAUAUUCAUCUGGGAUGAAGACUUGGGGCUUGAGAAUUUUAAUGCGGAGGAAUACAUAAAGUUGGUGGCGAAACAUGGUUUGGAUAUUUCCCAACCUGGUUUAGCACCAAACAGUGGGUUGACGUGGCAAAUGACAAAAGGGCGAAAUGACACUGAAAUUCACAAGGAAACAGAAGAAAGACCAGGCUGGUGCGCUGAUCCACAUUUGCCACCUUGUGCAGCAUUUAUCGAGAUCAUGGCACCUGUUUUCUCUCGAGAGGCCUGGCGGUGUGUUUGGCAUAUGAUCCAGAAUGACUUGGUCCAUGGGUGGGGUCUUGAUUUUGCUCUUAGGAGAUGUGUGGAGCCGGCACAUGAAAAGAUAGGAGUUGUAGAUGCUCAGUGGAUUGUGCAUCAAACUGUUCCAUCACUUGGGAGCCAGGGUAAAUCAGAGAAUGGCAAGGCACCAUGGGAAGGGGUAAGAGAAAGGUGUAGAAGAGAAUGGACAAUGUUUCAGGAUCGCAUGGCUACUGCAGAGAUGGCCUAUUACAAGGCAAUGGGGAUUGAUCCCCCUAAUUCUACAACUACUUAGGUGGGACACUCACACGAUUUAGAAUGUUUGUAGGACAUCGAACGUUGUUGUGUGCAAAUAUCUAAUGAUGGUUUAGAGUUCCAAGUUGGUAGAAAGAAAUUUCUGUAUUCUCCUUGUUUUUUGUUAUUAGUAAUAUAUAUCAUUUUGUGUCAGCCUCCUGAUAACUUGUGUUUUAUGCUUGUUUGAGUUCAAAGUCAAAACUCCUGUAUAGGUACUUAUUCAUAUGGUCAUGUCAACUUCUUGAAGAUAGGGUUGAGGAUAUCAUCAGUGUACGGUCAUACUAAAGUGUCAUUAUUUACAAGUUGAAAUUUGGCCAUCGAUA